AAUAGCUGAGAGAAGAAGAAGAAGAAGAACUUAUUCGACGGACACGCUCCACUUUACGUGCGCGCUUCCGUGAAUCUAUAACAAAGAUGGCGGCCGCCUUAUCAGGCAUCGUAGUUCCCCGCAGCUUUCGUCUGCUGGAGGAACUGGAGGAAGGUCAGAAGGGAGGUGGAGACGGUACGGUGAGCUGGGGCCUCGCAGAUGAUGACGACAUGACACUAACUCAUUGGAACGGCAUGAUCAUCGGCCCGGCCAAGGUGACCCCCCCCCUGAGUUUACAGCACCAAUACAUUACUCUGCUCUUCUAUUCAAUGGCCAAUGGACUUUAAGCAUUGCAUUCGUAU